AUCCAGAUAUCAAAAGAAAAAAAUGCUACUCAUCUUCUUCGUUGUACUUGUCCCAAUUUUCCUAGCGUUUCUUCUCAAGAAACGCAAAUUCACCCAUGGUCAUCAACCUCCUGGACCUACUGGUCUUCCCAUAAUAGGAAACCUACUUCAACUUAAUAACACAAACACUUAUAAAUAUCUAUGGCAACUUUCCCAAGAAUAUGGCCCUCUCAUGUCUCUAAAACUAGGUUCCAAGCCAACUCUUGUUGUCUCGUCAGCUGAAAUGGCAAAACAAGUAUUGAAAAUUCAAGAUCUUGAUUUUUGUAGCAGACCACUUCUUGCUGGUCAGCGAAAAUUAUCUUACAAUGGUCUAGACUUAGCCUUUGCACCUUACGAUGAUUACUGGAGGGAGAUGAGAAAAAUUUGCGUCCUUCAUCUUUUGAGCUCAAACCGUGUACAAAGUUUUCGACCCAUCAGAGAAGAAGAAGUUUCUCGUAUGAUUCGAAACGUUUCGAAACUGGCUGGAGAAUCUAAACCUGUAAACUUGACUGAAGAAAUGAUGGGCUUUACGAGUACUGCUAUUUGCAGAGUUGCAUACGGUAAGAGGCUUGAAGGAAGCGAAGCUAAGAGACUUCAUCGGCUGCUUAAUGAAUCACAGGCCAUGUUUUCGGAUUUUUUCUUUUCGGAUUACUUUCCACACGUCGGAUGGAUUGUUGAUAAAAUGUCGGGACUGAUGUCGAGACUAGAUAAGAAUUUUCAGGAAUUUGAUGUUUUCUAUCAACAGCUUAUCGACGAGCAUCUUGAUCCUAAGAGAGAAAUGCCUGAGGAGCUGCACGACAACCUUAUUGAUGUCUUACUUCAAAUUUGGAAGGAUCAAUCUCUUAAAAUCCAGCUUACCUUCGAUCACAUCAAAGCAAUUCUGAUGAAUAUAUUUGUUGGUGGAACGGAUACAAGUGCUGCUACUGUGGUAUGGGCAAUGAGCUUUCUCAUGACAAAUCCUGAAGCAAUGAAAAAAACACAACAACAAAUUAGAAAAUUAUUUGGACAAAAGGGUUUUAUAGAUGAAGAUGAUGUCCAACAAUUAUCUUACCUAAAGGCAGUGGUCAAAGAGACAAUGAGACUCCAACCAACAGCUCCGCUACUAAUUCCAAGGGAAACAAUCAACAAUUGCACUUUAGGAGGUUACCAGAUUCUGAAAAAAACCCUAGUUUACGUGAAUGCAUGGGCAAUCGGAAGAGAUCCUCAAGUUUGGGAGAAGCCAUUAGAGUUUUAUCCUGAAAGGUUCCUGGACAGUAACAUGGACAUGAAAGGACAAGACUAUGAGUUAAUACCGUUUGGAGCUGGCCGGAGAAUCUGUCCUGGUAUGUUCAUCGGAAUUGCAAACGUAGAGCUUUCACUUGCUAAUCUUCUCUAUAAAUUUAACUGGGAAAUGCCAGAUGGAAUGAAACCGGAAGAGAUCGACACCGAUCAUGUGCUGCCUGGCCUUUCCGUACAGAGAAGGGAUCAUCUCCUGCUGAUGGCUAAGAGCUAUAUCUUAUAAGAUUAUUAUGCAAUGUACUUAAAUAAAAGGCCAAACUCACUUUUAGGCCCCUAUACUUUCAGUUUUUUUUAUUUGUUUUUUUUUCUUUCAA